AAUGGAAAUAACUGUAACUAGAAAUGAUGCUAAAUCUGAAAAAAUUCAUUCUAAAUUAGGUGGAGAUGGACCAUUUGGAUCAUAAUCAGCAGAAAAGGCAAUGAAAAAGUUAGUCAAUUUUAUUGAAAAUUGAG